CGCCUGUGUUAGCUAUACACUUGUAUGUGUAUGUAUAUAUAACGCUCUGUUCUGAUCAGCAAACUUAACCUCGCAAAUUUGCCAACUUAUUCCAUCCGGACGUGCGGACUUGCGAACUGUCUAGCCGUGAGUGCUAAUUGUUUAUUCAGUGAUAUAUCCUUCCUCACAUAGUCCCUUGGUACGUCACGCAGUCAUCCAAUCCUCACAGUCGCAAUAAGUUGUCGAACGUCCUCAUUGUUCUGGAAAGAAUCAAAUUCUAAGGUAUACAAAGCAACUGUUUUUUCUUAUCAACGGUCAGCUCUGACACUGUGUACGUUGCAAAUUCAUAACGUACUCAAAAUCUGUGUUCCAAGUAUCAAGGGUUUCUUUAUUCAACUCAAAAGAACGGCGUUCAAGAGUGGAUUAUUGCUAUUUGCUAACUCGUAAAAAUGCUCAAAUUAACCGUCAAGACCUUGGACGGGCGAGAUCAUGAAUUUACUUGUGAGGACGACAUCACAGUACAAGCUUUCAAAGAAAAAAUAGCUGACACUGUUAAUGUGACAGCUGAUUCACAGAGACUUAUUUAUUGUGGCAGAGUUUUACAAGAUGAUAAAAAACUCAAUGAUUAUGAUGUUAAUGGAAAAGUUAUGCAUUUGGUUCAACGCCCGCCACCAGAUGCAUCUAGGUCAAGUAAUACUGAUAAUCAAAGACAAAACAAUGAUUCACCAAAUGUCCAAGUUCAUUACCGAGGACGUAUCCCAAGUAAUACAAUGUUUCUUGGAGCAAUGUCUGUACCUGCUGAAAUCGUUGAAAAUCAUGGCAAUCAUGGGAUAAGAUUUCCUCAACUAAGUAGUACAUUAUCAAGUAGUCGGCUUGAAUCUGCUAAACGCAUGUUGACUAAAGCUAAUCAGUUGAUUAAUCGUUUGGAUGAUCCCUCUUUAUCUUUAAAUGGAAGUCCAAUAGAAAAUAAUGCCAGUAGUAACUCUCAAGAUUCAAACGUGAAUGUGCCCCCUGAAAAUUUGGAAAAUUCUUCUGUUCCUGAACCAACUGAGUCUACUACAAAUGUUCGAGAUCAUGAGAACAAUCAAUCAAGUCCAAUGGAAACCAGUCAAACAGAGCAAAAUUUUGAAUUGCCAACUCCUAAAACUGAAACAAAGAAAAGACCCAGACAAGAUACACCUUGUGAUAAUCAUCCUGAAUCAAGUUCAGAAACACCAAUUUCUGAUACAAAUAGGCCACAAGCUUCUACUAGCAAUAAUAGACCUUCAACUAGUCGUAGAACUGCGCCUUCAGUUCCACGUCCAAAUGAAAUGGCUGAUCUUUUAGAUACCUUACUUACUACUCAAGAUCGACUAAGACCAUAUAUUGAACGAUAUCGCACUCUCAUGUCAACGGAUCCAGUUUUAACACGAGAUAGUGGAACUGAUGGAGUUGAAGAUAACCAAAGGGUGAUUGAUGGAGUAAGCGAAAGUUUACAUUAUGUAUCACAUGCUUGUCAUGCACUGAGUGAUAUUAUAGUCGAUUUAGGACAACAACCUCCCAGAAACUUACAGUGUUGGCCAAUAAUUGUAUCCCACUCAACUAUUGUUCAGGCUGGAUUACCGAUACAUGUUGAAGUUAACUCACAACUAAACUUUGGAAGUAGUCGAAGCAAUGCAACUAGUAGCAAUACUAAUAACACUGAUGAAGGAAAUGAAGCUACUCGUCCAUCAUCACCUUCUCCAGAAGAAAGUAGAGCCAGCAGUACGAAUAAUCGUACAUCGAAUCAAAAUGCUACACAGAGUACAUCUCAUAGUAUUUCUCAAAAUGCCGCUCAGUCUCUUUUAGGUACUUUACUUCACUUGCCUGGCAAUGUAGAAGUAUCCAUGGAACUUGGUUCAAAUUCCAUGGAUAUGAACUCAUCCCAUUCAGCAGAUGGUGCUGAAACUGAGCAGGGACAAAAUAAUAAUACCAAUGGAAGCAUCUAUUCCAUGACACCACCUUUUGCUAUGUUACGUGAAGCAAUUCAGAGUGUACUUGGCGAAGGAAACGUUCAAUUAGAAGCAACUGGAAGUAACAGUGGAGGAGGUGGUAGUAUCAACAUAGCAGGCUUAAGUGGUUCUAUACCAUUUGUUACCAUCGUUGGAGCAAACGUUGAUAAUGCAACUUCCAAUCCUGGACAAAGUACACAAGCCAGAAGUAAUAUUGGAACUCAUCCGACAACUUCUACUCAAACACGCAGUACAGCUCGACCGCACGUUCUACACUCGCACACCCAUCCAUUCGGCCAUCUCGCAAUGGACCCAAGUCUUGAAUUUGAUCCUAUGUUGAGCUGCAAUUCACACCACGUUCGUAGGCCUAAUUCAAAUAAUUCUAAUUCUAACUCUAAUUCAACUUCUCAAACGGCUCAACCCACAACGUCUCAAGCGCCUCCCACGAGGAGAUUUGAAAGCCGUGCUUUCGCUCAUUCUGCCAGUGAAGUGCCAACUUCACAGCAAUCUCAAAGAAGACCUGCUACUAGAACUACACUUGAUUUCAGCACUAUGCAGCGCAAUAUAUUUCGCGACGUAGUUCAAAAUAUUUUUAAUAUUAACCCGCCUGUUCCUGAUAAUGUUUCAGAGUUAACCGAAGCGUUGUGUGAAUUAUUCAAUCUUAACAGAAACCAAGCUCAUAUGUCCAUUGGAUCAUCUGGUGAUAUUCAAAUUGGACAAAAUCAAUAUUCUAACGUAUCAUUAAUCGAUUUACUUGGUGGGCUGCCAGUUGAUGAAUAUGCAAGACGCAACUUUUUCUACAAUUUAUGGGUUUUCUUGUUUCGUAAUAUGACAGUUCUUGGGCUAUUACAAAUAAGGGUAGGAAAUUAUGAAUCUUUGAUCAAUUUACGCCGUGGUCUUAGAACGUUCAUUGAAAAUUCCUUCCCCGGUUUAUCAACGGUUGAUUUGCAAGAUCACGUCGUCGAUCAUAUUAUCACUCAAACUCGCACUUAUUUACAAGUUCUAAACAUAUCUCAACCAAAUACCUCUCAAAUGGUUGACAUUCCUGCUACCAUAGAAGCCUUAUUACAUAAAUUUUAUCGUGAAUUUUUAACAACACUUUUUAAUAAUGAUUUGGACGAUACAUCUUUUGCCCGAAGUAUAAUUAGUUUAAUUAAAAAAUUAGAGGAUCAAUUCGUUGCAGUAUUUCAAUUCAUACUUUCAGCAGGUCCUGCAUUAGAGCGUUUAUCACAUCCAUUUGUUAAUGGACUGCUUAGUGAUCGUUUAGACAAUCAGUCUCAAUCAUUAGUUGUUUCAAUGUUACACAAACUCAUUCAAGAUUAUUCAACUCGAACCAGUAAAAUGCCUGUAAGCGAGGUUGAAGCUCUUAUUGUGUAUAAUCCAGUCGUCCAGGAUGACGAAUCUAAAGAUUGUGAUGACGAGGAAAUGAAAGAGUUUGAAAACAAACCUGAGACUUUGACCAUGGAAUUGGACACUAAAAUUCCAAAUGACCCCAUGGAUUUGGCGAACGGGCAAGAUAUACCGGUACUAACAGCACCAGAAGAUAUCCCUACAGAAUGGAUAUCGGUAAUAGCUCGAGACAAUGUGCGUCAACGUAGAGCUUCUCAAAUGAAUCAAAUGCAAGGGGGUAAUGUUCCAUUUAGUGAUGCAUACCUUAACUGCUUGCCAUCAAAACGCCGUAAGCUUAUAGAACAACAGAAGCCUCAAUUACUUGUUCCACCAACCCCGCCGAACAGCAAUAAUGCAAUAGCAGCGUCUGUGGAACGUUUGGUGCGCGACGGUAUAACUCAAACUCGAGUGGGCGAAAUCGAAGGAGCAGCUAAGGCAGUGGGAUCAACAUCUACGGCGAGAAAUGCCUUCGGACAAGCUAUUAAAGACUGUCUUAAUCAAACUAGGUUCAAAACUUCAGACUUUCCGGAUGCAAAACGAUUUCCAAAUGCUACGCGGUUUUUCGGCAACGAUGCUAAAAGUGGUGAAUCUUCUAAAUCAAACAAGUAGGACUGGGAUAUAUUUUUUCCCAAUUUCCUAUGUCUUUAUUGCAUUGCUAUUAUUAUUUUUGUCAUAAGUUGGUUCAGCAAAAGUUGAACUACGUUAAAAAUCCAUUAUUAUAAUGUAUAAAUGCGUUUGUCUAGUUAAGUGAGCAUUGAGGUGAAUACGGGUUUACUUUUCCUUUUAUAUAUGAAAGAAUUGUCACAUGAUGUUUGUAUUGAGGGCAUACCAAAGCUAGAGUAAAAGUGAAUUUUCAGACACUUUUUCGCACAUUCACAUAACUUUUUGAAAAUAUAUUCAAUAAAAGUUUAAUAAAAGAAAAGACAACGAUUUCUAUUUUGCAUUGGCUUCGGCAUAUCCGAAAAGACCCGAUAAACCAUGUAAUUACACUUCUGAUUAAACAUUUUCUAUUAUUAUUAAAAAUCAACCAAACCCACAAGUAAUUGGUUCGAUAACUAAUUAAUCCAAAUGAUGUAUUAUAUCAAGAUAAAAUUUUGAAGUAGGUGAUUAUAAAGUAGUAAUACUACUUGAGUCAAUAAAUAUUUAUAAACUCCAAACUUUUUAGCAGCUUAUUCUUAUUACUGAUGUGAAUUCUUAAUGAUUCAUCAUUAUAAAAUAUAUCAGUGUAAAAUAUUUAGACUAAUCAGCGCAUCAGCUUUUUUUCAUAGUAAUUGCUAAUUUAUUACUCUAACCAUAUUUCAUUAAGCUGAAAUAUACUGUACAUGUUUAUGACUAUUGUUACUGUGUUUUAUACUAUUAUUUCAUAUGAGAGUAAAUUUUAUUAAUAUUAUUUUCAAUUAUAAAAUAUGAAAAAACUUCUGAAAACUUUGUAUUAAAUUAUCGACGUAGCACUGUCAUUAACCCAUGUAAAAAUAGAUAUUUUUAUGAUAUUAAACAUAAACCGUUUUAUUAUA